AUGGCCAAUGUACGACGUUCUCUUGCUCAAGCAGGGAUUUUCUUUGAUAAAUUAUAUAUUAAUCAAGCUUAUUUUAAUAGUAAUUUUAAUAUACAGACGUUCGAAAAAAAGCAAAAAAAAACAAAUAUUAGUUUUUGGAAUAAAUUAUUAUGCGGAUCUGAUCCUAAACGAUCUUCUACUGGAACACAAACAGUUCUAACAGUACGAGAUGAUUGUCAACAAACACCACCACUCGUAACUUUUUGUCAACGGAUGCCUCCUACUGAGAACACAUAUGAUCAUCGGCGAUGUCGUCCAUUAAAUCGAGAAUAUACUCAUAAAAAAUAUCAACAACCUGUUCGUCGUCGACGUUCAUCACACAUCACUCGACCUGUACAAAUACAACGACAAAAACAAAUGGAUAAUGAAGAUGAUGAUGAUGAAAAUGAUGAAUUUGCAGUAUGA